UUAUUUCAUUAAAAUGAAAAUAGGUCAGCAUUAUCGUUCAGUAGUCAUUACAACACACACAACUACACGAUGAGGACAAGGUUACCGGACGAGUUAAUCAUACUUGUGGAAUUAACACCAUAAAUUGCAUAAUCUGUACAAUAACUUGUUUGGCCAUGUUCCGUUCACGCAAUGCUGUGCUGCAGAGCAGCAAGACAAAAAUUCCAGUGGAAGGGCUGUUCUGCAUGUACAACCAUCGAGUGUGCAUGCAGAAUAGGUUGGAGGGCUAUGAGUAUUGCAUGAAGCACAUUCUGGAAGAUAAGAAUGCUCCAUUCAAACAGUGCUCUUACACCUCCAACAAGAACAGCAAGAGAUGCACAAAUGCUGCGCCAAAGUCAGAACGAAAAGAUGGCCUCUGUGUAGAGCACACCAGACGCUCGAUGCUGAUUCGCCAACGAAACUCCAGAAAGAAGCGACCAAAAGAAAGCCCAGAGACGUUACUGGAGGGUCUAGACCAUCAUUUCAUGCACGGCCGAGGUCACAACUAUGACAACCACGAGAGCAAAAAGGCACCCAGUGUGGCCAGCAAAGCAUUAGAGUAUGCCAGUUCCAGCGAUUCAGACGCAGAGACUCCCGUGAUAGAUCAGGCAUGGAAAGAUGAAGGAGACAGUGAUGCUGAGAGUGGGGACAGUGAACUAGAAGAUCCUCUCAAACAUGCAGAGGUGUAUACUGCGGAAGAGGUGGCACUGGUGAUGCGGGACAAGUUGAUACGCCUCCAGUCACUCUAUAUCGAGCAGUUCAAACGUCUGCAGCAUGUUAUGAAAGAGAGGAGGCGAAAGUAUAUGCACACUGUGGGACACGAGAAAGACUCCUUUGGUGCCAUAGGUCAGUAUUCCAAAGAUCUGGAGAGUCAGGAGAAUUGGAGCCGAUAUACUGCUAUGAAACGCUACCAUCGUAGAUAUGGCAUGGAGGCGUUAUUACAUCGCCAGUCAAAGGAAAGGAGAAUUGCAGCUUCUGAUGGCAGCAAUUACAAGCCUCCAGUGCACUCAAAGUGUAGCGUGCACACCAAUGGAGAGAAAUGUUCAAACCCCACCUUGCCACUCUCCAAAUACUGCUUCUCUCACAUCCUUCAUGAUCCCCAUCAGGUUCUGUACAGGCCGUGUAGUUUUGGAGAUGGAACGUGCAGUCUCCCAGUGGCCACAUGUGAAGAUGUGCCAUGCUGUACCCUGCACCCCAACCUCAACUCAUCACAUGAUUCAACGUUCGGCACUGAUUCUAAGAAUGAAGGUAAUGUCACUGAUGACAUCAUCGACGUGACGAACGAGGCUGCCAUGGAAACCGAUCAGUCCUUCGAGGAGCAGGCAACCAGUCGACCCGGCAGUAGACAGGGGCGACAACUCUCAGAAGAAGAGCUUCUUAAGAAAGGGAAGCUACUCUUGCAGCAUUUGAAGAGUUCUGAUUCUUCAUAGACAUUUACCAAAAUUAUUGAUUUGUUGUAUAGUAAAAAAUACUUCGAUGCUAUAUUUGCGUUUAUUUGCAGACAUCUUUGUUCAUAUUUUGAAUAAACAUACCAUUUCCAUUA